ACUACUCAAAACCAUAUUCUCGUUUACAAACUUCUACUUUAAUUCACUUCACUUGCCUGUGUAUUUUCUUGUCCUGAAUACAAGAAAUGGCGGAAGGAGUUCUCUUCAACAUUGCCGAAGGGAUCAUUGGAAGGCUUGGCUCCCUUGCUUUCCAAGAGAUUGGACUGAUUUGGGGUGUCCAAGAUGAGCUCUGCAAGCUCCGGGAUACAGUUGCCGGAUUCCAAGCUGUUCUUCUUGACGCUGAGCAAAAGCAAGCCAACAAUGAAGUCAAACAGUGGCUCCAAAGCGUAGAAGACGCAGUUUAUGAAGCUGAUGACUUGCUGGAUGAGUUUAAUGCUGAAGCUCAGCGGAGACAAAUGGUGCCUGGAAAUACUAAGUUGUUAAAGAAGGUGCGUCUUUUCUUUUCUAGCUCAAAUCAACUUGUUUUUGGGCUAAAGAUGGGUCAUAAGAUAAAAGAUAUUAACAAGAGGCUGAGUGAGGUUGCAAAUCGUAGAACCUUUCACUUAGAAGUAAAUCGUGAAGAUACACCAUUUGUAAAGAGAGAGAAGGUCACUCACUCAUUUGUCCGUAAGGAAAAUAUUAUAGGGAGAGAUGAAGAUAAAAUGGCAAUUAUCCAACUUUUGUUGGAUCCCAUCUCAUCUGAGAAUGUGUCCACCAUUUCCAUAGUUGGACUUGGAGGAUUAGGGAAAACUGCACUUGCGCAACUCAUAUUCAACGAGGAGGUGAUUCAAAGUCAUUUUGAGUUGAAAAUAUGGACAUGUGUCUCUAAUGUAUUUGAGUUGGAUGUAGUUGUUAAGAAAAUCCUUCAAUCCGAGCAUAAUGGGAUAGAGCGGUUGCAAAAUGAUCUUAGAAAAAAAGUAGAUGGGAAGAAGUACCUACUUGUGUUGGAUGACGUGUGGAAUGAGGAUAAAAAGAAGUGGCUUAACUUGGAGAACUUGUUAAUGGGUGGUGGAGAAGGUAGCAGAAUACUAAUAACCACUCGUAGUAAAAAAGUUGCGACGAUACCAGACUUAGCUAAACCAUACACCUUAAAGGGUUUGAAUGAGGAGCAAAGUUGGUCUUUAUUUAAGAAAAUGGCUUAUAAAGAUGGAAAGGAGCCAGAGAAUUCAACAAUUAAGGCAGUUGGGAAGGAAGUUACUGGAAAAUGUCAGGGAGUUCCACUCGCUAUAAGGACGAUAGGUGGGAUGUUGUUCGCCAAAGAUGACGAAACAUAUUGGUUGAAUUUCAAAGAAAAGAACCUUUCAAAAAUAAAUCAAGAAGAAAAUGAUAUUUUGCCAACACUUAAAUUGAGUUAUGAUGUGCUCCCAUCACAUUUGAAGCAUUGUUUUGCUUAUUGUAGCUUGUUCCCACCUGAUUAUGAGAUCUCUGUACAGAGAUUGAUUAUACUUUGGGUGGCCCAAGGGUUCAUUAAGUCAUCCGAUGAAAACGAAGGUUUGGAGGAUGUUGCGUAUGAAUAUUAUAGGGAGUUAUUGCAGAGAUCAUUUUUUCAAGAAGAAAAAACAAAUGAGUUUGGUAUAAUAAAAAGUUGUAAAAUGCAUGAUCUUAUGAAUGAACUUGCAAUCUCCGUGUCGGGGGUUAGAAGCAUAGUAGUUGAGCCAAACCAAAAGAAUUUUCAUGGAAAGCUUUGUCAUGUAUCUUUCAAUUUUGAUAUUGAUUUGUCGAAAUGGGAAGUGCCAACAUCCUUGCUAAAAGCAAGCAAGAUACGAACCUUUCUUUUUCUUCGGCAACAAAGUUGGUAUGAUCACCAAAGUUCCUCAAGUAAUGCAUUUUAUACUACAAUUGUUUCAAAUUUUAGGUCAUUACGGAUGUUUAGUCUCAAUAAAUUAGGAAUUACAACAUUACCUAAUUGUCUUAGAAAAAUGAAACAUUUGAGAUAUCUUGAUCUUAGUGAGAAUUCCAUGGAGAGACUUCCAGAUUGGAUGGUUGGACUUUCGAAUUUGGAAACACUAGAUCUCAGUUGGUGUGGUAGGCUUGUGGAAUUGCCUAGAGACAUUAAAAAAAUGAUCAACUUAAGGCAUCUCAUCUUGGAAGGGUGUUGGGAAUUGAGUGGAAUGCCACGUGGAAUUGGUGAAUUGAAUGGCGUUCGUACAUUGAAUAGAUUUGUUUUGAGCGAAAGCAAUUGUUUGGGGAGGGGCGGUAGUGCUGGUCUUGCUGAGCUGGGGACCCUUAAGGAAUUAAGGGGAAAGUUACUCAUUGGCAAUUUGAGGCAUGUGGUGUCAGAAUCAAAUGUUGGUACACCUCUCAAGGACAAACACCAUCUUUGUUCGUUGGAUUUAAUCUGGAAAGAGGGAGAAGAUAUAAGCGCGGUUGAUGAGGAGGAUAUUAUAAAGUCAAUGGAAGUAUUGCAACCCCAUUCUAAACUAAAGCAGUUGGAAGUGUGGGGUUAUGGUGGUGUGAGGUUUGCGAGUUGGUUUUCUUCUCUCAUAAAUAUUGUUAAUCUCCGAUUAAUGUGGUGUAAGAGAUGCCAACGUCUUCCGCCCUUGGAUCAUUUGCCUUCCCUUAAGAAACUUGAACUUCAUGGGUUGGAGAAGUUGGAGUACAUGUCAGAGAAUGAGAGCAGUAAUAGUAUGAGUGAUGAGAUGAUGAGGAUCUCAUUCUUUCCCUCCCUGGAGACACUCGAGUUAUACAAUUGCCCUGUUCUGAAGGGAUGGUGGAGGGCCCACACUCAUAACAAUGCUUCUUCUUCUUCAUCAACGGAAAAUCUGUCGUUGCCUUAUUUUCCUCGUCUUUCUACAUUGUGGAUCAUGAAUUGCCCCAUGUUAAGCGAAAGAUGCAAGAAAGAAAAAGGUGAGGACUGGCCUAAGAUUGCUCACAUCCCACACAUUAACAUUGAUUAAGUCCUAUAUGCAGCGAAUGGGGCGUCAACCUUUUGGAUUCCAUAUGUGAUGGCCAUGUUGACUGCUUGGAGUGGUUGUUUAUGUUUGCUCUUUUUUUUUUUUUUUUUUGAUCAUCAGGGUUUAGGUACUAUGUCCCCCCUGUUGUAAUGUUUUUUCUUCAGUAAUAUAAUAUGGGCGUGAGGGCCUAGCCCCCCAGCUUUGACUGGGUUCCAGCCCUCUUUAAA